AGUCGAGGUAGUUCCAUUGCCUAAUUGCAGCCUCGGACUAUUAGCGCUGCCACUGUAGUCCGAGGCUGCAAUUAUACCUUUCACCCGAGUUUAACACUCUACUUUUCAUUUCGAAUACGAGAAAAGUAAAAUACAUGUGUUUAAAAAACUAAGUAUAAACUUUUAUAGUAUUUAUUUAUUUUUAAUUAACAAUUUAGGUUAAAAUUCGUUAUUUUAUGGGAUGGAAAAACAAAUCCAUGCAACAAACAAAACGUAUCACUUUUUGCACACUUCAUAAAACAACAAUCACACACUUUCAGAGUACGAGAAAUGAGAAUACAAAUUAUAACCUUCCAAUGAAUGCAAUGUUGAGAGCCAUAUUUUUUUUUCAAUGUAGCUUUCAGCGACGCCACACAUCGGCAUGGUAGAGCGGCAUGCUCAAGAGCUUGAUAGUGGGUACCAAAUCAAAAUAAUUGUCAUUAAAUGUAAUUAUUUUCUUCCAAUCGAUAUACCUACCUGUAUUUAAUAGUCAUUGAACUCAAAAAAAGGCGGCCAAGAGCAUGACGGCCCGAGCUCAGUGUAGGGUUCCUUAGUUACCUUUUAGUCAGAAUAGGUUAAACAGGGGCUAUUAACUACCUUCGCAUCGCUUUGUACAUUUUACUAAGAACAAAAUACUUUUUGUAAUAACUCAAAAGCGGCUGGACCGAUCAUGUUCGCUAUAGUUUUCGUUGAAAGUAUUGUAUUAAGCUUUAGUUUUAGGUACGAUUUUUUUUUCAUAUUUUUGGACCCAUGAUUCACACAUACUUUUUUACUGUCGUAGCGAUUAUUUCCGAAUAUAUCCAUUUUACCAUAACUGGUUGUUACCAAAUUGCAGCUUACUAGCACUAACGAUCACGGAGCAAAGCCGCGGACGGACAGACAGACGGACAUGGCAAAACUAUAAGGGUUCCUAGGAGGUUGACUACGGAUCUUAUUUGACUCUGAAAAAUGCAUCCAGCCUGUGCUGUCAAGUACUGAAAAAAUGUAUCCCAUCUGUAAGGGUGCAGCAUAAAAAUUACCUUUAGAUUCUCUUAACUUUACCAUGUCUACAGGACAGACGCGAACGAGUUAAGCAUAGGUAAGUACCUACUUACUAUAAAAUGUCCAGGUACCCAAAUGGCCAAAUAUUAUACACUUACGAUUUAUACACUUAAAAAGAUGCAAAAUCGUAUAUUGAACAAUAUUCCCGAGGUGUAUUUACUUGUUUACAUAUAGAGCAGUAUUUGUUUGAGCCGGGGCGAGAACAUCGCCGACCCAAAUUGAAGUUCGCCGUGAUGCGCUCGAAGCUCCGACAGAGAUUCUAUUCGCUUCAGCUGAGCCAACAGUUUUGCAAUAAUGUCCAAUUAAUCUGAAAUAGCAGAGUGGCCGUUCAAUGAAACCAAAUCGGUUAGAUGUGAUUAAAAUUGCACUGUUAAUAAUACUCAAAUGGGUUUUCAAUAUAUUUAAAUUGAUUGUUAAUCUCAUCUAAGUUAGGCGAGCCUCUCGUGCAUAAAUAACAAAAGCUCUAAAAGUAUUAAAAUCUGAUUGAAUUCGUCGUUUGGUAUGGUUUUCCUGUCGUAUUUAAUAUUAAUAAUAUAUCUUUAAAUGUAAAAUGGUUUCUUGACUGGCUUGACUUAAUUGAGGAUGGAUUAUUCGGUAAACAGUAGGCAAUAUUUGGGGAUUGCGCUUGAUGCAAUAACUAUAGUUAGCGGGCGAAGCCAGUCGCGACGCGUCGGUUACCGCAGCUUACACAACUCCUGAUAUAAAACUGCUGCACCAUCAUCGAGACGACAAUUUAACAAGAAGAUUGAACCCAACACCCGCAUUUGCUCACGCCGCAUCAUGAGGCCGCUCCUCUCCUGUACACUCGCCUUGAUAUUGAUUCUUGCAGUUGUCGACGCUCGCCGGCUGCCCACUUCUAAAUCCCGGCUCAACUCGGACAAGGCCUCCUCGGACAAGGCCUCAGCAGAGUCCACCGACCAGGAGCCCUCGGCAUCUGGACAUAAAAAGGAACAUCAUCACAACCACGAACAUAAAAAGGGAGGCGGCAAAGAACACCAUGCCGAGCACCACAACGACCACGGCGAGAAAGGCUACAAGGGAUACAAGGGCCAUCACCAUCACGAGGAAGGAAAAAAAGGUCACCACGACAAGGAACAUCACAAGGGGGAGUACGACGAUCACGGAGGCCACAAUAAAAAGCACCACCAUGAGGACGGGCACUACGACGAGUACCACAAGGGCGACAAGGGCGAGAAGGGACACAAGUACGCCGAAAAAGGACACUACAACAAGGGCCACUCGACCAAGGGCCAUCACGAAGUACACAAGCUUGACGAGUUCAAGAAGGACAAACACUUCUUCGACGAGGAAGGUGAUUCCGGUCAUGAAGAAAAACACGGUGGUUUCCACGAGGAGCACGGACACAAGAAGGGAGGGCAUUUCAAGAAGGGACAUCAUCACGGAGGGCACCACGAGCACGAGCAUGGAGAGAAGGGUCACCACGAGAAGGGAGGCCAUCACAAGGACCACAAGGGCCACAAGGAGGCCGCUGGCCACGACGAACAUUAUCGUCAUCAUCACGAUCACGCGCACAAGGGAGGACACGAACACCACAAGAAAUACGGCUACAAGAAAGGUCACUGAUGACAUAUGGAACAAUAGUUUACUUAUGGUUUGCAAUGUUCCAGGUGCGAUCGCAUUUGUCUUCGUUACGAUACUCGUAAAUUAUUCGCCAAAAAAUUAUUUAUUUACUAGUUAAGUGAUUUAAAAUGACUAGGAAUCUAGACUUUAGUUUGUAAUACUAAUACAUAAUUUGAGGUUCGAAUUGUAAAAGUGGGUCGUUAAAAAGCAAUUUUGAUGUCGCUCCGCGAUAGUUGCAGCUCGUGGCGCCACUUACAGGUGAAGUCAUGUAACUACAUUCACAAUGAUAUUCGAUGUACGUGGAUAUUAUAUAAAUAUCGCAAAGGAUAAACAUAGGUACUUCCCUUAAUAGUACCAUGGCACGGCUCUACAGCUCUUUUGAUAUUAUAUACUGCAGAAAGAGAUACAACACGAAUAUUUGGGCAAAAACGGCGAAGCGAAUAGGCUCGUUAACGGGGCAUGUAGUAAUCGUAUCUGAGCGGUCAUACUCGCCUUAGUUUUGUACUUAUAAAAUCACUACGGCCCACUUUUAUUGUCUCUAGAAAUCCGAUAUUUAAAUUGCUAAGAUAUUUUAUUCGAAACGACAGUCAUUAAUAAAUAUACUAUCGAGAG